UAUUUAGGAGGAAGUCCAUUUAGUAUAGUUGGUUCAAUUUAUGAUAUUGCUCUUUACUUUUUUGGUCAAGAAGAUAGCUGUCAACAACUCUUAAAUUUAAAUUUCUUUAAAUAUUUAAAUAUUUUAUUUUGUUAUAGUGUUAUGGUUGCCAAAGGUCAUUCAAAAAUCGAAUAUUCCCCAUCAGAUGGUUUAUAUUAUUUAAACAAGUUAUCAACCAACAACAAUGAUAAUAAUAAUAAUGAUAAUCUCAUCAACUACUCAAAAAUAACUAUUGGUUCUAUUAAAUAUAAUAUUUUAGAAAUAUUAAAUUUAAACCAUCAGAAAGAUAAUGAUUUAUAUUAUGAUUAUAAAACAAUGAUUUUAUUAUUAGAAACUACCGAUACAAAUGAAAAAAUUUAUUGUAUUCGAAAACAAAAGAAGGAACAUUUAACUGAAAAAACAAUAGAUGAAGUUAAAUUUGAAGAAAUUGAUAAUAAUAAGUUUAAAGAAUUUAAUGAUCAAAUCAUUGUUCCAUGCUAUAUUGUUCAAGAUAUUAAUACAUCUUAUUAUUUCUUUAAAUCUGAAUUAAAAAUCAAAUCAAUCGAAGACAUAAUUGAAAAAGAUUACAAUGAUAUCAGCAUAAUAAGAUCAUUAUUAUAUUAUUUCGAAUAUUUUGUAUCAAACCCAUCAAACUCAAAUCAAGUGAUUCUAAUUAAAUCAAAAUCAGUUUUAGAUCAACAAACAGAAGAUUUUUUAAUUAUUUUAGAUAUUUCAUAUUUUAUCAGAAGAGUCUAUGGUUUUUAUAUUGAAAGUUCAAUUAGAGGAACCAAAGAAAUGUAUUUAACAGGUGGAAAUUUUGAAGCAAUCCAAUUAUUUGGAAAACUUUAUACAACUAAUUUUUUUAAUCUUAAAGAAAAAAUGAAAAUGAUAAAACAUAUGAACUCAAAUUUUGAAAUGGAUAUUUUAGAAUAUAAAUUUAAUUCAGAGCUUUUAAUACUAAACAUAAUAAAAGAGAUGGAAGGAGUUGUUCAAAUAUACGACUAUUAUUUAGAUGAUGAUUUAAUUUACAUUUUAAUAGAAUACUGCGAAAAUACAACCAAUCUCUCUGAAUUUAAAAUAAAAGAUCCAUCACAAAUUACUCAAAUAUUAAAACAAAUGGUUAAUAUUUUAGAAAAAUUAGAAGAACAUGAUAUUUAUCAUCGUGAUAUUAAAAAUGAGAAUAUUUUAAUUCAAGAGAAUAAUGGUGAAAUACAAUGUAUUUUAUCAGACUUUGGUACUUCAGGAAUUGGUUCAGAGUUAAAGAAAGAUGAAGAGAAAUAUUACUCAAGAAAUGGUAGCAGAAAUUACCAACCACAUGAAAUUUAUAUCAAAAAACUCAGAAGCAAAAACCCAAUUGAAUCACUUCAAAAUAAACAUGAUAUCUUUAGUUUAGGUUGUGUUAUCAAAUCCUUAUUUGAAGAAAAUAAAUUAAAAGCAGGUGAAGAAAUUAAUACAAUUAUUAAAAAAAUGACCCAAUUACAAAAAACUUAA